AUGGAAGGGUCGAAAACACUGACGGGGCCUGACGAGGUGUUACCCUCCCUGGAAGCCAUACAAAGAGCACGCAGCAGCCUGCUGGAGACUCUACCUGACGACGGACUUGGAGCAGAUCAUGUGGAGGCUCAUUUGAAACGAGAAAUUGUGCCUGGCUUGAAUCGUCCGUCUCAGUCAUCUCACUACUACGGCUUCGUCAUUGGUGGUGCCACGACUGCUGCCAGGACAGCAGACCAUAUCGCCGUUGAAGUCGAUCAAAAUGUGCAUGUACACUUGCCGAAGGAAACUGUGGCCACUGAUGUCGAAGAUCGAGCAACGCAUAUGGUCUGCGAGCUCCUCAACUUAACACCCGAACACUGGCCUCACCGUAUCUUCAGCACAGGUGCCACCGCAAGCAAUGUCCUUGGUCUAGCCUGCGGACGAGAGCAUGUGAUACAGAAAAGUGCAUCACACGCGAGCAGCCAGCAGUCCAUCAGCGUCGCUGAGAUGGGAACACACAAAGCUAUGAUGUGGGCAGGCAUAUCAGACGUACAGAUCCUGACGACCGUGCCACAUUCGUCGUUGAGAAAAGCCGCUUCCAUCGUAGGGCUAGGCCGAGCGGCAGUCAUUGAUGUAGGAAGAAUCGAUCUACCUCAUCGUUUCGAUAUGGCUUUCCUGGAAGAUCAUCUACGAGAGGAGAAGACUGCUUGUAUCGUGGCUGUGUCGUGCGCCGAGGUCAAUACUGGGUUGUUUGCCACUGAUGGUAAUGACAUGGCGAGGAUCAGGGCCUUGUGUGACAAGUACGGUGCGUGGCUUCACGUGGAUGCUGCAUUUGGUCUGUUGGCGCGAAUAUUGCCACCUAACGACGAAUAUAGUGUGCUCAACGCUGGUGUGGCAGGCCUAGAGCUUGCAGAUUCAAUCACUGGAGAUGCACACAAGCUGCUGAACGUCGUGAGUCUAUAUAAAACAUUUUACAACACAAAUGCUGCGUAUCUGAACACUGGAUCGUCGGAAACCACAGCAUCUAAGGAUCGAACCAUACCAUCGCCUCUGAACAUCGGGAUUGAGAAUUCUCGUCGCUUCCGUGCCUUGCCUGUGUAUGCCACAUUGGCGGCGUACGGCAAGAAUGGCUACCGCGACAUGCUCGAGAGACAAAUACGCUUGGCCCGUGGUAUUGCGAAGUGGAUCAUGGAGAGCAGUCGAUAUGAGCUGCUGCCGCCAGCAUCGACUGGGACUAGUCGAUCGGACAUUUUGAAGAGCAUCUACAUCGUAGUGCUUUUCCGGGCGCGAGACGGCGCAUUGAAUGAGAGCUUGGUGCAGCGAAUCAAUUCCUCUCGACGCAUGUAUGUGAGUGGUACGCAGUGGAUUGGGAAGCCAGCUGCUCGUUUCGCCAUUGCUACUUGGUUGGUUGAUCCGGAGCGAGACUUGCCAUUAGUGAUCACUGAGCUGGAUAAAGCGACGCAGUGA